AUGCCCAGAUCCGGCAUGGCAGUGUUGGAGGUGUUCAUCUACGAGAAGUGCAACUUUGACACAGACAUCUCGGGCAUCUCCUCCAGCUUCGCUGGUGUGCGCCGCGUUUUCGUGGACGACGAGGGCUUGCGCCGGGAUGAGUGCUCUGGAUACCUGAAGCACCUGAUCGAGCACUACAGGGACCCUGCAGACUACACAUUGUUUUUCCAAGCGGAUGCUGCUGACCACAUGCACUGGGGCUACCUUUCCUUGGUCAUGAAGGCUCUCGAGCAGAGGUCGCUUGCGACUUCGUUCGUUCACCUCAAUUACCCGCGGCUGAUCACUUCCAUGUCCCCGUGCCGAGCCGAAGUGUUUGCUCAGAUUUUCGAUCGUCCUCCGAAGCAGAAACUGGGUUCCUAUUGCUGUGCGCAGUUUCUGGUUUCGCGGGAGCGCAUCCAAGCGAAUCCUCUGGAGAGGUAUGUGCGAAUGCAGCAGAUGCUGUUCAGUGAUUCGCCACCCGAGUGCCACGACAUCCCUGGACACUCCACCCUGCGCCUGGGAUUGUGA